CACCGAAAGCUUCAUUUGCGAAGUUAUCUGAGGAUAUGCAGGAAGCUUCAACAAUUGUAAAUUUAAAUGAUGACAUCAGUCCGGUUAAGCAAAGUGGCAUAGAAAAUAAUUUAUCAUCAAAACCUAAAAUACUUCAUAUGAAAAUCUUGGACGAAACAGAAAUGAUCGAUACCAAUAAAAGUAAAGCGGGCAGCUUUUCUACCGUAUUACCAGAAACAAACAAACUUGGAAUUAACUCAUCUUCUUCCUUCGAUAAAUCUGAUUUAAAAGUUAACAAAGACACUAAAGUAACUUCUAUUAAAAAAAAUUCUGAACCAAAAACGAGUUCAAGAAAAAAAGUAGAAGUACUGAGUGGUAUCGCCAUAGAUAAGGACUGGUACGAAAGAGCGCAAGACGCCAUUGACAUAAAAACAAGAGUGAAUUGUCUUUUAAAUGGCUACUGGUCUGAUGAAAUAGCUAUAAAACUCUGCCUAAAAAUAAGAUCAGAUCAUAAGCAUCUUCAAGAAGUAUCACAGGAUGAUAUAAGUAAUAUAAAAGGCGAUUAUGAUGAAUGUCAAUUAGCUCAUGCUGGCAUAACUGAAUGUUAA